GUUGCGGUUCUGAAAUCGGGGAGGGUCGCGCCGGGUGGAAAUCAGGUUUGAGGAAUCAGUGGGAUAUGUUGAUCUGUACAUGAGCGCAGCGCAUUCUUCCGAAAGAAGGCUGCACCUCACCAACACAUAACAGCACGUUUAACCGCGGAGCGAAGAUGAAACCACUCCUGCUCCUGCUCUGGGAGACUGGGCUUGCUCUCUCUCUGCUCUACUCGACUGCACAGUGUGGAGCGACCCAGAGCCAGACCCAGGGUGCUGUGUUCCUGCCUGAGUUUGCUCUGUCCCCUCAGGGAAGUUUCCUGGAGGACGCUACCGAGGACCAGUUCCUUACCUACAGAUACGACGACCAGGCGUCUCGUAUGACUGGAUCAGAUGAGGAAGGGGACAGUGGCUGGGAUGCUUGGGGCACCUAGGACUGCUCACGCACCUCCUAUACGAACUGUGAAGGCAAGAAUAUCCGCUACAGAACGUGCAGUAACAUGGACUGUCCGGUCGAGUCGGGAGACUUCCGAGCCCAGCAGUGCUCCGCCCACAAUGACAUCAGGUACCAGGGAAUGGUCUACGAGUGGAUUCCCGUGCCCUAUGAACCCUCGGCUGCGUGCGCCCUGCGGUGCCAGGCGCGGGGGAGGAGCCUAACGGUGGAGCUGGCGCCUAAGGUUCUAGACGGAACACGUUGCCGGGCCGACGCCCUGGAUAUGUGCAUCAGUGGGGUCUGUCAGGAGGUGGGUUGUGACAGACAGCUGGGCAGCGGUGCCAGGGAAGACAACUGCGGUGUGUGUGCCGGCGAUGGUUCUACUUGUCGGCUGGUCCGGGGCCAGGCGCUGCCUCACGUCUCACCGGAAGAACCUGUGAAGACAGUGCUUGAAGUCCCCUUGGGAAGCAGGAGUUUGAGAGUCAUCUCCAAGGGACCUGAUGUCAUAGUAAUCGAGACCCAGUCUCUGCAGGGUCAUAGAGAGGAGCACAGUCUGGUCUCUCCCGGUUCCUACAUCAUCGGCAACACCACCGUGGACUACCAGAAAGGGACAGACAGACAGACGCUCAGGACACAAGGACCUCUGGGAGCCGAUUACAUCAUCAAGGUGAAAUAUGCUGCUCCGAAGGACACGAUGGUCCAGUUCCUGUUCUAUCAACCAAUCAGGUACCAGUGGAGAGAGACUGACUUCUUCCCCUGCUCUGUCACCUGUGGAGGAGGUUACCAGCUGAACUCAGCAGAGUGCACAGACAUCAGGUCCAGUCAGGUGUUACCAGAGCAACACUGUAACAGCUACCCUGAGAACACCAAACCCACGCCCAAACUCAAGGAGUGCAACAUGGACCUCUGUCCUGAGAGUGAUGGCUUCAUAGAGGUGAUGCCUUAUGACCACUUUCAGCCUCUGCCACGGUGGGAGCAGGGUCCCUGGACGGAGUGUUCAGUGUCGUGUGGGGAGAGCGGCGGGCUGCAGGAGCGCAGCGUGGUGUGUGUUGAGGACGACGACCACGGACAGAUCACUCAGGUGGAGCAGUGGAAGUGCACACACUCCCCUCGGCCAAUCACGCAGCAGAGCUGCAACAGCUUCACCUGCCCACAGUGGGUUGCCAUGGAGUGGUCUCAGUGCACAGUGACAUGUGGCCGUGGGUUGCGGUACAGAGUGGUCCUGUGUAUCGACCACAGGGGACAGCACACUGGUGGCUGUAACACAUCCCUCAAACCACAUAUCAAAGAAGACUGCCUGGUACCUGUCGCAUGCCACAAACCCAGAGAGUCAGUUCCUGUGGAGGCCAAGCUACCCUGGUUAAAACAAGCCCAGGAGCUGGAAGAACAACGCACCGCUACAGAAGAACCAACGUUAAUCCCAGGGUCGUGGUCUACCUGCAGCGUCACCUGUGGGCUCGGCAAACAGACACGGGAGCUGAAGUGUCGUGUCCUCCUCUCCUUCACCCAGACGGAGGUAGACCUGCCCGAGGAGGAGUGCGGUGAAGAGCGGCCCCAGCUGGAGAGGCCCUGCGAUGGGGGAGCCUGUACUCUAGGCCCAGGCUUCUCUCCUGACCUCCAGGAUCCUCAAGGCCCUCACACCCAGGGUGAGGAGCCCCACCACUGGGACUACAGGGGCUUUAGUGGCUGCUCGGCCUCCUGUGCUACAGGGAGACAGACAGCAGUGGUCAGGUGUGUGAGUCGGGAGAGAGGAGGAGAGGAGGUUGACGAUUCUCUCUGUGACCCCUCUAGCCGCCCUCCAGUCAUGGGCCGCAUCUGCAACCCCGAACCGUGUCCCCCAAGGUGGGAGGUGACAGCGUGGACUCGUUGCUCUGCGUCGUGUGGGGUGGGCAUCCAGACCAGGAGUGUGUUCUGCAUGCAUGUGCUCUCCGUAGAGCAGCAGGAUAGUGUGAGUGUGUCAGAGAACGAGUGCAGGGAGUUCAAGCCGCCCAUCCUUCAACCCUGCAACCAGGUGGACUGCCCUCCAGCAUGGGAGACUGAGCCCUGGCAGGAGGUAUGGAGGAGAGGCCGUUGUUGCUCUGUAUCCUGUGGUCUGGGGAUCCAACGUAGGGAGCCAGUGUGUCGGAGGUUGACCUCAGCUGGACAGCAGGUGAUGCUGGCUAGGAGGCUCUGCGACGGCCUCUCCUCUCCACCCCUGGUCAGGACAUGCCGAAUGAUCACCUGCCCUAAGCAUAAGACAGAGAUGAACCCCAGACAGCUUGUGAAGGAAGCAUCCAGAAUCAACCAGCAGCCCACAAAGGAGACAGGGAAGGAAGCAUCAAAGGAAACAAUCAAGGAGCCAGUAAAGCGUUGUCCGUUGAUUCUAGGCUUGAGUCGUAUCUACAUCCAGACCCGGCAGGAGAAACGCCUCCACCUGACCAUCGGUGGGCGUGCUUACCUCCUUCCAAAAACCUCCCUGAUCAUCAAAUGCCCUGUCCGGCGCUUCCAGAAAGCCUACAUCCGUUGGGAGAAGGACGGCCGCCCCCUGCCCAGUUGCAAGCGUCUGGGCGUCACCAAAUCUGGUUCUCUAAAGAUCCACAGCCUAGGAGUCGUGGACAGUGGGGUGUACGUGUGUAUCGCUGGCCCCGCCUCAGACACAUUCACCCUUAAACUGAUUGGCAGCGACAGCAGACUGAUCAACCGACCGUUUGAAAACGAAUCGGACCCCGAACCUGGCCUAGACCUGACCAGGAUUCAACCAGGAUUCAACCCUCAGGACUGGGACCCCCAGGGUCUUCCUCACUGCCUCCCGUUUACCCCCAGCCUCAAAGGUCCCAGUCUGUCUCUGCUGCCCGGUGGUGUGGAGGCCUCGGUGCUGCAGGUGCAGGCGGGGGCCUUGGUGCUGCAGCCCUGGAGCCUGGAGGAGAGGGUGAGGAACGUGAGUCUGCAGGCGGAGAUGGGAGAGAUCAGCCAGGAACAAGCUUCUCAGAUCAUCUACACCCUCAUCACAGAGAUGUCUGGAGGCCAACAGGCCUCCACAGAGCAGUGGAAAGGGACCAAGGAGGAGACGGGGAACCCAAAAGACCGGACACCAAACUCGUCAGAGUGGUCGGCUAGUAGCUUCAAGAGACCAGUGAUCAUCCGACAGAGGCAGAACCCCUCGAUGACCUUCCAGAGGAGUCUGAACAUCAGUGUUGGCCAGACAGCCUUCCUGACCAACGCCACGCGGCAGCUGUACCUGCUCUGCCCCUCAAAGGGCAUCCCGCAGCCCCAAAUCACCUGGACCAAGGACGGAGUAGAGCUACAACUGACUGACAGGGUACACUGGGAUAUCUCUGGCGGACUGCAUAUCUCUAGUCCUGGGCCGGGGGACAGAGGGGUGUACAGGUGCACAGCCUCAAACACCCACGGUUCAGCCUCAGAGAGUACACAGCUGCUGUUAGCUGAGCCUCCUGUGAUAGCUGUGUCGUGGAGGAACGUAUCGGACAAGGAAGCCCCCAGUGUGAGGGCCGUGGUGGGGGGACGGGUCAGUCUACGCCCUGGGGCUAACCUAACUCUAGACUGCCCCGUCACAGGUGUGCCUCAGCCUACAGUAACUUGGCAGAGGAAGGAGGGUGUGUUAGAUGUCAGCGUGGCGGUACCCCUGCCCUCUGGUUCUCUGUGGCUCCAAAACGUCACUCUCCAGAGCCAAGGCACCUACUCCUGCAUGGCUGCCAACCCCAUAGGAAAAUCCACCGCUUUCACUGUUCUCCAUGUCACCGGUCCAGCUCCAGACACAGCUCCAGGCAGAGGUUCUACAAUGUCCCAGCAGUUCAAGGAGCUGAGCAGGAGGAGAGUCCUCAUGGCUUCACGCAUGGGAACCACUGUGACCAUCAGACCUGGAGAUAUCCUACGCAUAGGAUGCCCAGUGGUUCCAGACCAUAGAGGGCCUGUCCGUUGGGACUACCAGAACCACACUCUGAAGGAGUCCACCUGGACCGGACCAGACUUUGCCGCAGGACAUAGGCUGGGUCCUGGGCAGAAUCAGGGUCUGGGUUCUGGUCUGGGUCUUCAGUACCGUAUACUGGUAGGAGGUCGUGUUCUGGAGGUGAACACGGUGCAGGGAAGGUUCUCUGGACACUACCGGUGCCAGACCCCCAUCCACGACAACACACAGCUGCUGUCUGCUUGGAUCCACGUCCAUGCUGAAGAGUUUGCGUGGCGUCUUGGGGACUGGACGGCGUGCAGCGCCUCGUGUGGGGACCGGGGGAUGAGGACACGGAGGGUCCGCUGUGUCACGCCAGAGGGACGUGAGGUCACACCCUCCAUGUGUCAACACCUCGACAGACCUGUCUCCUCACAGCUGGCCUGCAACCUGCAUGACUGCCCACCCAGCUGGGUAGCAUCCGUGUGGUCUAAGUGUUCCACUUCCUGUGGGCGGGGCUGGAGACAGCGGCAGGUGUCCUGUGGGCAGGUGGAGUCGGGGGGAGCGGUGAGGACGCUAGCGCCAUCUGUCUGUGGGAGGAACACACGGCCUGCAGACAGACAGGAGUGUACCUGCGACAACUGUCCAGCCUGGGUUACCAGCCCCUGGGGAAAGUGCUCGGGGAAAUGUUUGGGUCCCACCCUCACAGUCCAGAAGAGGUCGGUGAUAUGUAGACAUGUCAACGGCACCACACACCCUGACUGUGACCCCAGAGAAAGGCCCGUCUCAGUGCGUAACUGUUCAUCGGAGCUGUGUGACGUACACUGGCGUGUGGGGCCGUGGCGAGCAUGCACGGCAGCCUGUGGCAGCGGGUUUCAGUCUCGCAGGGUGGACUGUGCCCACCUCAGGAGUGGCAGAACCCUGGCAGACCAACACUGCACCUGGCACAGACGCCCAGCCACCUGGCAGCACUGUAACGCCACCACCUGUGGAAGUGAAUGUAAAGACACCACCCACUACUGUGCCGUGGUGAAGAGGUUAAAGCUUUGCCCCAUCGACAUGUACAAGCAGAGGUGUUGUGAGUCCUGUUUACAGGAGGAUGGCUCCACCUAGUGUUCUAGGAGGAAGUUGCCCCUAGAUGCUGGUCUUGGGUUAGUUUUGCAUUUCCUCCACUAGGGGUUAAGGCUGGGAAUAGGGAGGGGAAGCUGAUCCUAGAUCUGUACCUAGAGGAAACCCCUGAGCGUUGAGACACAGUGUGGACAACAUAACUCUUGGAAGCCAUAGAUGGAUGGAUGGAGGGAUGGAUGGAGGGAUGGAGGGAUAGAUUGAAGGAGGGAUGGACAAAGGAGGGAUGGA